CUCUCUCAACGGUUUCCUCUCUGGGUUCAUCUCAUCUCCUUAUCCAUCCACCAUGUCGGUCUCUGUUCGCAUGACGUCCUCCAAAGGACCCAAGACCGUGACCUCAAAGUCCAUUAUCACCAAGAGUCGGGGUGGUUCCACGUUCUUUCCACAGAAAGCCCACAGCGUGUAUGGAGGUGGUUUAGGUGGAAGCACCCGCAUCUCUUCCUCCUCGCUGCAAUCCAGAAUCGGAGGAUAUGGUGGAGGAUAUGGUGGAGGAUAUGGUUUUGGUGGUGGAUACGGUGGAGGUUAUGGCGGAGGAUAUGCAGCAGGCAUAAUGCCUGGAGGCUGCUUUGUAAAUGACUUCCAGCUGAAUGAGAAGGCCACCAUGCAGAACCUGAACGACCGUCUGGCGUCCUACCUGGAGAAGGUGCGCUCGCUGGAGGCUGCCAAUGCCAUCCUGGAGAGGCAGAUCCGCGAGUACUAUGAGAAGAAAGGGCCGAUCUGCCAGAGGGACUACAGUGCCUACUGGAACACCAUCAAGGACCUGAAGGACAAGAUUAAAAACGCUACCAUCCACAACGCCAACAUCCUCCUGCAGAUCGACAACUCUAAACUGGCUGCUGAUGACUUCAGGAUCAAAUAUGAGCAUGAGGUGGUGAUGCGGCAGUCUGUGGAGGCUGACGUCGCUAACCUGCGCCGCUUGCUGGACCAGACAAACCUGGCAAGGGCUGACCUGGAGAUGCAGAUCAAGGGUCUGGAGGAAGAGCUGGCAUUUAUGAAGAAGAACCACCAGGAGGAGCUGGCUGCACUGAGGUCACAGCUGACAGGCACAGUGAACGUAGAGGUUGAUGCUGCUCCUCAGCAAGACCUGAACAAGGUUAUGGAGGAGAUUCGUUCUCAUUACGAGAACAUCAUACAGAAACACCGCAGGGAACAGGAGGCCUGGUUCAAAGACAAGACGGCAGGGUUGAACAAAGAGGUGGCCAUCAGCACAGAGACCAUACAUACGUCCAGAUCGCAGAUCACAGAGCUGCGAAACACCUUACAGAGUCUGGAGAUCGAGCUGCAGUCUCAACUCAGCAUGAAAGCGGCACUGGAGAACUCACUGGCAGAAACAGAGGCUAGGUACAGCGCUAUGCUAGCAGGCUACCAGAACCAAAUCAACAUGCUGGAGGCCGAGCUUUGUCAAGUGCGGGCAAGCAUUGAGCAACAGGGACGUGAUUACGCCUUGUUGUUGGACAUCAAGACACGUCUGGAGCAGGAGAUCGCCACCUACAGGAACCUCCUGGAAAAUCAGGACUUCAAGACUCAAAUUCCAGGAUCAACUAUCAUGAUCUCAGGUGGAUCUCAAUCCUCUGGUGGUUCUCACACCAUCACAACUGGUGGACCAACAAUCCAAAUCAAGCAAACCACCACCACUUCACACCGUACUUACUAAAGUCACAGCAUGCCGCUUCGUGAGACAGUAUUCAAACUCAUGCAGACAUUUCAUUUUAAAUGAGUGUUGAUACACAGUUUGUGACAUGACAAGAAACGAGGAAAUGUGUUGCUUAUAAAACAUCGAAAGACACUCACUGUUAUGUUGUUGUAUGUGAGAAAAAACUGUCUCUGAAAAUAAAACGGCUGUCAAGAAA